UGGUAGUUUGGUGCUUCUCGUUUUUCCCGUCCCGCCGCCCGGCUGCCCGCGCGCACUUCGCAUCCUGCAGACGCCCGAGGUGCUCGGGCUGGGAGACUGAGACCCGCGAUCCGCUGAGAGUUCGCGGCGGCACUUGUCGAGAUGGCCGGGAAGAAGGCGCGUAAGAACGCGCAACCGAGCCCCGCUCGCAAUGAGCUGGAAGAGGAGUGUGCAGCUCAGCUGAGGAGACUGGGAGACAAACUGAAUUUCCGCCAGAAACUCCUGAAUCUGAUAACCAAACUCUUCUGCUCUGGAACCUGACUGCAACGAAAACUUUAGCAAAAGGGGACUCCUUCGAAAGGGAAGUUUCCCACAAUGGGUGCAAGUGGUACCAAUGUCAUAAAUUCGAAGAGAGGUCUCAUUGUAAUUGAGAGGAAUGAGAGGGAGCAUUCACUUGCUGGUGGGUGCCCUUAAACUGAAGAUGGAAUACCUCAAAAUUCUGUUGGGUUUUUUAUGUCAUUUGGGGGGGUGACAUUGUAAAACUACUUUGUUUAUUUGACAACAAGAAUGAAAGAAUCUUAAAAAUAGGGAUCUAAUAACACUUCUUUUUUUAGUUAGAGAAUUCUGUUAUUUUUGCUGAAGGUCAUUGCCCAGCCUGGUAUAAAAGGAAUUGAAAAUAAGGUUAA